AUGGCGUCCAAGGCGAUUCCUACUCACCUCCGUGCCCCUGUGGGUGACGGUGCCGAAUUCGGUGGAAAGCACCACGGCAAGUCUCAGUCACACAUGGCCUUUGAGAAUGCCUCCACUAGCGUUGCUGCGUCGCAGAUGCGCAAUGCUCUCAACGCCCUCGGCGACAGCGUGACCGACCCCAAGGAGAAGAAGCGUUUCGAGGCGGAGAUGGAUAACUUCUUUGCUCUCUUCCGUCGUUUCCUCAACGACAAGGCCAAGGGUAACGCCGUCAACUGGGAUAAGAUUGCCCCUCCCCAGCCUUCCCAGGUUGUCGGCUACGACGACCUCGGUGCUGAGGCCUCCGUUGAGUUCCUCAACAAGCUGGCUGUUGUCAAGCUGAACGGUGGUCUCGGUACCUCCAUGGGUUGCGUCGGUCCCAAGUCUGUCAUCGAGGUCCGUGAGGGCAUGUCCUUCCUCGACCUGUCUGUCCGCCAGAUCGAGCACCUGAACCGCACCUUCAACGUCAACGUUCCUUUCGUUCUCAUGAACUCCUUCAACACCGACCAGGAUACCCAGUCCAUCAUCAAGAAGUACGAGGGCCACAACGUCGACAUCAUCACCUUCAACCAGUCCCGCUACCCCCGACUGGUACCCCCCGGUCACGGUGACGUUUUCGAGUCCUUGUACAACUCCGGUACCCUCGACAAGCUGAUCGAGCGUGGCAUCGAGUACAUCUUCCUCUCCAACGCCGAUAACCUCGGCGCUGUGGUUGAUCUCCGCAUCCUCCAGCACAUGGUUGACUCCCAGGCCGAGUACGUCAUGGAGUUGACUGAUAAGACCAAGGCCGAUGUCAAGGGUGGUACCAUCAUUGACUCCGAUGGCAUGGUCCGUCUUCUUGAGAUCGCUCAGGUCCCCAAGGAGCACGUCAACGAGUUCAAGUCUAUCAAGAAGUUCAAGUACUUCAACACCAACAACAUCUGGAUGAACGUCAAGGCCAUCAAGCGUGUUGUUGAGGAGAACGAGCUCGAGAUGGAGAUCAUCGCCAACGAGAAGUCCAUCCCCGCUGAUAAGAAGGGUGAGGCCGACCAGGCCAUCUACCAGCUCGAGACCGCUGUCGGUGCUGCCAUCCGUCACUUCAAGAACGCCCACGGUGUCAACGUUCCCCGUCGUCGUUUCCUGCCCGUCAAGACCUGCUCCGACCUGAUGGUCGUCAAGUCUGACCUCUACCGUCUCGAGCACGGCCAGCUCGUCAUGGACCCCAACCGCUUCGGUGGUGUCCCCGUCAUCAAGCUCGGCUCCGACUUCAAGAAGGUCUCUGACUUCCAGAAGCGUAUCGCCAGCAUUCCCCGCAUCGUCGAGCUGGACCACCUCACUGUCACCGGUCCCGUCAACCUCGGCCGCAAUGUCACCCUCAAGGGCACUGUCAUCAUCGUUGCCACUGAGGGCAGCACCAUUGACAUUCCCCCAGGAUCAGUUCUCGAGAACUGUGUCGUCCAGGGUAGCCUGAGAAUCCUCGAGCACUAG